CCAGUGGAAGAUUUUGCCCAGAGAAAUAUUGUUGAUGUUGAAGAUGCGCGUGAGCUUCAAUACGAAACGGAUGCAGUAGCGCAUGCGCCUGUUUUUCUCACAAAUACUUUCUACAACUUUGGCUGCGUUUCCUUGACGCUACAUCCGACGUAUCCGGAAGAUGAAGGCACCUAUAUUUGCGUCCUCAAAAAUUUGCACGGUGAAGCUCAGAGUGUUGCGCAAUUAACUACAGUGCAUACAACCAGUCUGCAGCUUGAUUCGAAGCAUGAGCAGUCGCUUGCACAGAUUGGCUAUCUCGAAGGGCAGCAGGUACACAUUGGGCCACCAUCGGUGGAAAGGCCAGAAGAGUUUAGCAGCUUGGAACCACCACGCUUUGCUCGUCAGCUGGAAAGCCAGAUUGAAGUGAAUGAGAAUGAACCGGUGCAUUUCGAAGCACGAAUACAACCGGCCAGCGACGUCAAAAUGACUGUAGAAUGGCCAAUGUUUGAUUUUGGAUAUGUCGCCUUAGACAUCCUCUAUGCAUCCCCGGAAGAUUCGGGCUUGUACACAUUAAUUGCAAGAAACGAACUGGGCGAGGUGCAGUCAAAUCUCGAGCUCAUUGUUAAUUCUGACAAGACCUUGUACCUGGAUGCCCAUCACCCAGAAGGUUUGUCGUCAUCCACCUUUUUUUUUUUGUAA